GGAGGCGGCAGGGAGGCGAUGGGGAGGCGGGCGCAGUCGACCCAAGGGUGGAGAAGGGGGACGGCGAAGGACGCGCGUUCCCGGGCUCGUGACCGCCGGUGGCCCAGGGAGCCGGCGCCUGGACAGCCUCGGAGAUGGCAGGCGGCGGGGACCGGCGCGCCGUGGGCACCCUCCACCUGCUGCUGCUGGCGGCUGCCCUGCCCCUGGCUGCCCGGGGGGUCAGCCGAGGCGCCGCAGACUGGACCCAGGAGAAGAAUUAUCACCAACCAGCCAUUUUGAAUUCAUCGUCUCUUCGACAAGUUGCAGAAGGCACCAGUAUUUCAGCAAUGUGGCAAAAUGACUUACGACCGUUGCUGAUAGAGCGAUACCCGGGAUCCCCUGGAAGCUAUGCGGCUCGCCAGCACAUCAUGCAGAGAAUUCAAAGACUUCAAGCCGACUGGGUCUUGGAAAUAGACACCUUCUUGAGUCAGACACCCUAUGGGUACCGAUCUUUCUCAAAUAUCAUCAGCACCCUCAAUCCCACCGCUAAACGACACCUGGUCCUCGCCUGUCACUACGACUCCAAGUAUUUUCCCCCUUGGGACAACAGGGUGUUUGUGGGAGCCACUGACUCAGCAGUGCCAUGCGCGAUGUUGUUGGAACUUGCCCGGGCUUUAGACAAGCAACUCCUUUCCUUGAAGAAUGUUUCAGACUCCAAGCCAGAUCUCUCACUCCAGCUGAUUUUCUUUGAUGGGGAAGAGGCUUUUCUUCAUUGGUCUCCUCGAGAUUCUCUGUAUGGAUCUCGGCACUUAGCUCCCAAGAUGGCAUCGACACCGCACCCACCUGGAGCCAAAGACACCAACCAACUGCACGGCAUGGAUUUAUUGGUCUUAUUGGAUUUAAUUGGAGCUCCCAACCCAACAUUUCCCAAUUUUUUCCCAAACUCUGCCAGAUGGUUUGAUAGACUUGAAGCAAUUGAACAAGAACUCCACAAAUUAGGUUUGCUCAAGGAUCACUCGUGGGAGAGGUGGUAUUUCCAGAAUUACGGUUAUGGAGGUGUGAUUCAGGAUGACCAUAUCCCAUUUUUAAGAAGAGGUGUUCCAGUUCUGCAUCUGAUACCAUCACCUUUCCCUGAAGUCUGGCACACCAUGGAUGACAAUGAAGAAAAUUUGGAUGAAACAACCGUUGACAAUCUAAACAAAAUCCUACAAGUCUUUGUGUUAGAGUAUCUUCAUUUGUAAUUAUCCUGUCUUAACUUUAUGGUAAUCGUAUCUAGUUUCACAUUCAGAAGUCAAAGCACAACCUAAAAUAUUCUUACUCCAGACAAAUGCCAUGUGGAACCUCCCAUCCUAUAGAUUCAUUCUGUAGGUGUCUUUGAAUAGGUGAUCAAUAAACCCUAGAUUUACAUCA